AUGCCUUUUGGAUAUAAAGGCCGGCAAUAUCAAUCCAGCUCUCUAGGAAAUAUCCGAGAUGUGUCUGCUGGAGAUACGAAUGAACAGUUCUUCUCUGUUAGAGAUUCUAUCUAUAAGCUUUGGCCAGGAGUGUCAGAAUCGAUGGGAUCUACUGAACAUUUUCCAUCAAACUCUCUAGGCCGGAAUAACCUACACGUAGCUAAAUCUGACAAUUUCAGAGCGCAUUCAAAUACUAGAAUCAGCUUAUUUGGUAGAAUAAUAACCGAUUUGGUCCUGAAACCUGCUUCAGGUGGCUCGGCCAGAAAGCGCCUAUACCACAUAGCUCCAUCUAUACGUGAGAAAUCUUUAGUUGGAGAUGGUCGAGGGAUCUUUACUUAUGGCCUUUCGAGCAAUAGCGCCGUUGCUGGUGCAAGCGGAAUUGGCUUAGCUUGCAUGUCACCGUUGAUGGAACGCUCUAUAGAAGAUGAAGAAGGGGGCAACCAUCUAACUAGGUUAGCUUCUUCUUCCACCCAACCCAUCAGGCUCUCGCAGACAAUUAAUCCACUUCAACCAGCUUCGCUUGUCUAUAAACCUUAUUAUUUAGGAGAAAGUAGGGUGCAGCCACUAAAACGUAGCAAGCCCUUUUCUUCUUCCAUUGAUACUUGUAUUCCUUUUCACACUUGA